AAACAGAAACAGUGAAAGGUAAAUGACAUAAGAAGUUCCGCAAGAAACUAAAAUAAUUCCUCUUGUCUCGCGCCAGAUUGAUGUUAUACAUUCCAUCGCACGUGCCAGUAGGGGAACGAACAGUGUUUUUUAUGAGCCUGUCGCAAGCUCAAGUGAAGUACAUUUUUAACCAGGUUUCCUGUUAGAACAGUGUCAACGCUAAUGUUUACUGUUCACUUUAUACGGUAAAACUUAAGGAAAAAUGACUAUCACUGUUAAUUAUAAAAUCGUACUACCGAUAGUGAUUGCUGUAGGAUCAGUGGUAGUACUAACAACAGUACUAUCCAACUGCCUAUGGGGUAAGAAGAAUAAAAAAAGCAAGAAGAAUAUCACCCUUGCAGACCCGAACACCAAGUAUGCUCUGCCACUCAUAGAGCGUGAAGAGAUCAGCCAUGACACAAGGAGAUUCCGAUUUGGACUGCCCUCUUCAGAACAUGUUCUGGGGUUGCCCAUCGGCCAACACAUCCACUUGUCGGCUAAGAUAAAUGACGACCUUGUUAUCCGGGCUUACACUCCUGUCUCGUCUGACGACGACAAGGGAUACGUCGAUUUGGUUAUCAAGGUCUACUUCAAGAAUGUCCAUCCCAAGUUCCCUGAAGGCGGAAAGAUGUCCCAACAUCUGGAAAAUAUGAAAUUGGGAGACACCAUCGACGUCCGAGGGCCCUCCGGCAGACUACAGUACGCUGACAAGGGCUCUUUCCUCAUUAAGAAGAUGAGGAAAGAUCCUCCCACCAAAAUCAAUGUCAAGAAAGUUAAUAUGAUUGCAGGUGGAACUGGCAUCACGCCAAUGCUCCAACUGGUUAGGCACAUAUGUCAAGAUGCCAACGACCACACACAGCUGGCCCUUUUGUUCGCCAACCAGACAGAAGAGGAUAUUCUACUAAGAAAAGAACUGGAAGAGUACGAGAGAAACUAUCCCUCGCAAUUCAAGUUAUGGUACACUUUGGACAGGCCUAAUGAAGGCUGGAAGUACAGCACGGGCUUCAUAAACGACACGAUGAUAUCCGAGCACAUGUUUCAAAAGAGCGACGACACCAUGGUGCUCAUGUGCGGGCCCCCGCCCAUGAUCAACUUCGCUUGCACGCCCGCGCUCGAGAAACUCGGCUUCAAGGAGGAACUGCGCUUCGCUUACUAACUUCAUGUACCAGAGAAGUCUGUCAAUGACCUCACAACUCCCACGUGCUAAGAAUUCACAUAAGCUCACGACUAUUCCCAAUUAGGAUAGUCAGAGGUACAUCUAUCGCAAGAUGAACUAAGUACCCACGGUUCAUCGAGCUUUCUGUUAGGUUAGGCUAAGAGAAACUCUGCUUCAAGGAGGAACUGGGUGGUUAGAAAGGGCACAUUGAAGCAGUUCAUUUUAAAAAAGUAAUAUUGCAAUGUGCCAUUUGCGCAUAUAAAGGUAUAUAUUGCUUGUUUAGAUGAAUUGUUUUAACCCCCUGUACUUCGCCUACAACUUCUAUUACAACUAGUAUAAACACAGGCCCUAAAAGUGAUUAACUGUCUGAUAGCCUAGCCGCCAGAUAAGUGUCUGAUAGCAGGGGUCUAAAACGGCCACGAUAAAGCUAUUCAUCUAAACAUCUAUAUUGAAAUAUAACAUUUGUGCAUAUAAAAGUAUAAAAAAUGUUAUGAAAAAAAUAUCAGUAGUGAGACAGAUUGUUAUCAGUUGUUAUACAGUCUGGCAUAUGAAAUAGCUAAAUGUUAUGCCUAAUUUUAUUUUAAGUUUAAGCAUUUUUGUUGUGAAAAUUCUUAUAUUUGUCAUACGUUUAUAGAAAAUAAUUGGGCAGUUUCCUAAGUCAAAGAUAACUAUGAAAUUCUUUUGAUUACUAAAUAAAGAUAGAUAUAAAGGUGACAAAAACAUACAAACAGUAAUUUCGUGUUUUAACGUUAAGUAAAAAGUAACUGAUUUGACUAGUUGGAAACUACCGUAUUACGUAGUACUUAUCUGUUGAAAACUCCCUUUGAACUUUUGUGAUAAACAACCGCGUUAUUAUAAAAUGAAGAAAAAAUAAAAACAGAUAAUACCAGGUGUAAAACAUUAGUCCGCGCUACGAGAGAAGUCCCGCGGCCGCGGCGCUACUGUCGCAGAUUCUGCAUAGAAUUAUUGUGAGUUAUCAAUAAGUUCAAUUAAAAUCCGUCGACUUCUUUCGUGUAGCGGACUAUAUUUUAAACUUAGUAUUCUGGUAUUAUAUUUAGUCGUCGCUUUCUAAUAACGCGUAAAUGUUAAUAUGCACUAAUUAUAUUACCUGUGCUAAGUAUGCAAAUUACAAACCACCUAAUUUUAUUUUAAGUUAUACCUGUCAUUUUGUUAUCCGCUGAAAAUUAUCGGGACGGUUAAUCGACAGACAUAAAAUUUAUUUUUAACGUGUAAUAAUUUAUUUUUAUUACUUACACGUCAAUUUUAGGCAGAAAUUUAAAGAACCCUUCCUAAAUUUUAAAUUGGCCAAUAACUCGACAAAAUUAAGUUGACUGCACACGACAAAUUUAUUUGAAAUUCAACAGUUGUCAAUCCUUUCCUUUUCGGCGGAUAAAAAAUGACAGGUAUAACUUAAAAUUAGGAGGUGUCUGCAGGAAUCGGGGCCAAUAGCCUGGUAAACUAAGCAAACUAGUUAUGAACUUACAAGAUAAGUACAAUAUACAUAUGUCACGCUACAAACAUAUAAAAGUGUAUACACUAUAUUUUUUACAAAGAUUUUGAUAUAAAACCAUAAUCUACUACGCCAAUUAAAGUCCCUAUCAGUAGAUCUUCAACGAUCAAGAUAAAUAAAUUGUUCCUUGAUUCCUCGGGCUUGUAUCUUAUUUAAUUAUUAAUUAAAUACAUAGAAAGACAUUGCACUACCAUGUGAAAGCUUUUAUUUGAUGUCAUUGAAAUCGAAGAAAAGUGCCACAGGAAUCAACGAACAACCAAACAUGUACCUCUAAAAUCAUCCUAAGUAUGAAUGAAUACACAGACUGUCAAGUGAUAACUUAGGUACUUUAUGAGGCUGCCCACCCACGUCAGACAAUCGGCGACCGACUUUUUGAGAAAAAUAGAACGUACAGUCAUGAGCAAUAUAAUGUACCCACUUUAGGACUGUCGCACUAACAUAUUUGACAUUUAGUGAGACUUACAGAGCUCGGUGGCGCAGCGGUAAACGCGCUCGGUCUGCGAUUGUUGAAGUUAAGCAACUUUCGCAAAGGCCGGUCAUAGGAUGGGUGACCACAAAAAAAAAUAAGUUCAUCUCGAGCUCCUCCGUGCUUCGGAAGGUACGUUAAGCCGUUGGUCCCGGCUGCAUUAGUAGUCGUUAAUAACCAUCAAUCCGCACUGGGCCCGCGUGGUGGUUUAAGGUCCGAUCUCCCUAUCCAUCCAUAGGGAAGGCCCGUGCCCCAGCAGUGGGGACGUUAAUGGGCUGGUGAUGAGACUUACAGUUCAAUUUGUUAAAAAAAGUUAAUGUGACAUGGUAUCAAAGUGUAUACAUAAUUAAUGCUCAUGACCGUACUGCUCGCAAUAGUGUAAUGCCCACGUCCUACAAAAAGUCGGUCAGAAAUAAAAUCGGUGCGUCUAGACCGAUCCGAUUAUCGGUGAAAAUGGAACGUUCUUGCGUGGAGUCGAUUACAAAAUCGGGCAUAAGAAUCGGAGGAAAAAUCGGUCUGCUUAUCUGUCCUACAAGAAGUCUGACAUGGGCGGGCACCCUAAGUUGUAAGCAAUAAUAGUUAUAUUUUACAUUGUUUGUUGUUGAUGUUCUGCGUAGUUUUAGUAGUAUCCCUAAAUGUCUGUGUAGAAAUGAAGGGAUAUUUGCUGUUUAGAAAAUAAAACAAUGGUUUAAU